AUGACAUUUUUAGCAGCAACGGUUUUCCAACAAAGUGGAGCGAGAAAAUAUUUUCCUUGCUUUAAUGAGCCUCAAUUUCGAACUCCAUUCAGAGUUUCAAUAUUCAGGGAUCGAUUUCACAUAGGCCUUUCAAACUCAAAUGUGCUUAAGACCGAAGAUGUUGGAUUCUAUAUGGGUACUGGUUUGCUUCGAGAUGAUUUCAUGGAAACGCCUCGUUUAUCAGCAGAUUCAUUAAGUUGGGUGAUUAGUGAUUUUGAGAGACAGUCGCUAAAUAUUGAGACAUUUACAAAGACUCCUAUCAAAACUCCAAAAACAAAAAAUGAAAAAAUAUGGACAACUUUGAAAAAUAACACUAGUAGCUUUAAAAAAGUAUCUGCUCGUAGUAUAGCAUCUUUAACACAUUCUCUAAACUUAAAGGUUCUUGCAAUGAAUAACACCUUGUUUCCACAUACUUCAACAACAGUAAGCAGGGUUUCAGAAAACAAUUCAAAAGAUUAUUUUGAGGAAAAAAUGUCAUAUACAUUCUACGCUCCAGAAGAUUUAUUAACACGUGCAAUUUUAAUAAUGCAAACUGCUAAAGAUGUAAUGAGCUAUUUGGAAUCCUGGCUGAAUACUAAAUAUCCAUUAGCGAAGCUUGACUUUGUUGCACUUCCUUCUUUGAAAAAAAAUGUAAUAUCAUCCUUGGGGCUAAUAAGUCUCAAAAUAUCAUUUCUGUCCGAUCAAAAAUCUACUACUACGGAAGAAAAUCAGCUUUCUACUGUUCGAAUUGCUGAAGCAAUUGUGCAGCAAUUUUUUGGAGGAGUUACAUCAUCAAUAUCAUCAAAAGAUAAUGUUAUCUGGGAUGGGCUGGUGAAAUAUUUAUCAAUUUUAAUACUCUCAUCAUUACACAUACAAUGGCCUUUAAAAGAGAUGCACGUUUUUCAUAUAACGACCAACACAAUGGAUAUAGAUGCAAUGCAAGGGUGGACAAGUAUAUUCAGUGUAACUAAAUUCAUUGAACAGAAUGAUGAAUUUUACGUUGAUAAGGUCGUUGCUGUCUUUGCAAUGUUUCACUCCACAAUUGGGGAAACAAGAUUUAAGAAAUGUGUGGAAAAAUUUUUAAAAGAAAAUUAUUUCAGUGUAACUGAGGUAAAAAAAUUAUGGAGCUCUUGCAGCGAAUCACAUGAUUUAAAACCAAAAAUAAAUGUUGAGGAAAUGAUGAGUUUGUGGAUGAACAAGCAAGGGUUUCCAUUAAUAACUGUAUCUAAAACAGGAAAUAAUUUCACACUAUCGCAAGCACCUUUUAAACGCAAAAUUAAUAUAGCUGCAGACGAUGAUGCCUUAUCUUCUAGUCCGAAACUAGACACAAAGGAAAAUUUGAACGCAUCAACUAUCUGGGCGUUUCCAGUUAAAUAUAUUACAAAUAUGAAAAACUCCUCUCAACAAUUAUGGAUGGAUAAAGCCAAAGUUUCGUUUCAAGUUACUGAUGGUGUUAAGUGGAUCAAAUUGAAUUCUGGACAAAGCAGCUUCUACAGAGUUUUGUAUGAUGAAGGAAACUGGCAAAAAAUAAUUGAAGUGUUGGUUAAAGAUCAUAAGCAGUUAAGUCCAGAGGACCGAGUUGGACUACUCUCUGAUGGAUUUACACUUUGCCAUGCUAAUUUAUUAUCAUGCGAAAUUAUUCUGAAUAUGAUUCCAUAUCUUCAAAAUGAAACAAAAUGGGGACCAAUUACUUUGGCCGUUAGACAUUUAGAAAAUUGGCGAAGAAUUCUAAAAUACUCCGAAUGCUUUUUAAUGCUGUCAGAGUUUAUUAAGUUACAGUUUUCAUCAAUAAUAGAACGAAUUGGAUAUUUGGAUGAAGGGGAUAUCGAGACCAAAAUGGUGCGGCCUGGAGUUUUAUUGGCCUUGGUUUUAUGGGAAGAUGGUGAUGUUAUCAAAAAAUCGAAAACAAUAUUUAAUCAAUUUAUUAAUGAGAGGAAUGAGCAUAUUCCUCCAAAUUUGAGAGAGGCGAUCUACACUGGAGCUAUUUUGUCUGGGGAAUAUGUAUACUGGCAGUUUUGUUGGGAAAAGUUUCUUACAUUACAAACUACUCCCGGAAAUUUCACCGAGCGAAUGCAACUCGUCAGAGCACUUGGAAGAACAAAAGAUGUUUGGCUUCAAAAUCGUCUUCUUUCACACAUUACGCUGUUACCUACAGCUGAAAUCGUAGAAGUACUUCAAUCAAUUGCCGGUACUCCAAUAGGAGGUGCUAUAGCAUGCCGUUUCUUGCAAGCAAAUUGGUUUGAUUUACAAUCGAGAUUAGGAGAAGGAUCUGUGAGUUUUGCGAAAGUUAUUUCAAUUAUAACACAAUACGGAUCAACAAACUUCGAUUAUGAUGAGGUAUUAUACAAAUACUAAUAAAUUUGAUUCUUUCCACCAA